AACGCUGAAAGCGGAAGCUUCCGGUAGCAUGUCGGCUACAAGUCAGCUUUUUCUUUCAUGGCUUAACUUGUCAAAGCCUCAUGUUACGACGCGCCUUCCUUUCUGGCCUGUUUUAUCGACGCGGUUUGCCAGCAGUAGACAAUAACACUGCCGUUCGGCGCUUUUAUAGGAGGAUGGAGCGCGCAGUUGUGCGGUGUGUGCCCUGGGAGUCCAAGCUCACUAUUUCCUUCACCCUCGAUGGCAGCCACAAACACAUGCUGAGGGACCAGACGGAGGAGCUGGGUAAGGUGCUCGCUCGGAUAUCCAACAGUAUUAUUAAGGCGCGGGGAAAGGGGAAGAAGGCGAAGGCGAAUAAAGCCGGCGAGGCUGCCGCGGACGUGUCGGAGGAGCCGGUGGUUCGGCUUUAUUUCAACGGAGACUUCGUGUCUGAGGACUCCCUGAACUCUGACGCAUGGCAGGACGGGGCAGUGCUGCAGGUCGGAGAAACCAAGUACAAAAUUGACCGGAAUCCUCCCACUUUCACCACAGCCGAGCUGCCUGCGUCCCUCCUGGCUGGUUUUCCAGUUUGCCCCAAGCUGGAGGUGGAAUUCGGGGAUCUGAAGGACUGCACGUUUACAUGGUAUAGAGAAAGCUCUCCUAAUGCGCAUGCGCCUGGACAGGACGGCUGCUGGGUGGAAGCUGGCAGUGAGCGGGUCUUCACGCCGUCUAAUCUGGACAUUGGCUUGAGGGUGAAGCUGAAGUGCACUCCUGGAAAUGAGUCCAGAUAUGGAGUGGCUAAAGAGCUGGUGUCUUCAGGCACUGUGGAGGCAGGACCAGGGGUCUGUACCUUUGACAACAGGCACAUGUACACAAAGAAGGUCACAGAUGCCUCCACGGUCAGAGUUGUGUCCUACAACAUCUUAGCUGACAUCUAUGCUCAGACCGAGCUUUCCAAGACGGUCUUGUACCCGUACUGUGCUCCAUAUGCACUGGAGUUAGACUACCGCCAAAGCCUGGUCAAGAAGGAGCUUUCUGGAUACAAUGCUGACAUCAUCUGCCUUCAGGAGGUGGACAAGGGAGCUUUCAGUGACAGCCUGUCACCUGCACUUGACGCUUUUGGCAUGGACGGUGUCUUCAGGAUAAAGGAGAAGCAGCACGAGGGGCUGGCUACCUUUUACAGGAGGUCCAAGUUCAAGUUGAUAAGCCAGCAUGACAUAAUGUUAAGCGAGGCCUUAAUGAAGGAUGCUGUCCAUAGCAUGUUGCUGGAGAAAGUGUCCAGCAACCCCACUUUGAAAGAGAAAGUGGUGCAGAGAUCAACGACUUUGCAGGUUACUGUGCUGCAGUCAGUAAGUGAUCCAUCAAAGACAGUGUGUGUUGGGAAUACGCAUCUCUACUGGCACCCUAAAGGUGGAAACGUCAGGUUAAUACAGAUGGCUGUGGCCCUUAAGCACCUGAAGCAAGUCUCAGAAGAACACCCUGGGACGCUACUGUUCUGUGGUGACUUCAAUAGCACGCCCUCUUCGGGACUCUUCCAGCUGCUCAGUCAAGGUUCCUUACCAGAGGACCACAGUGACUGGGCAUCUAAUGGGCCUGAAGAGCUCGUCCAAAUGGAGCUUCUCAGCCCCUUUCGGUUGACUAGUGCAUGUGGAGAACCAGCCUACACUAACUAUGUUGGAGGCUUUCAUGGCUGUCUGGACUACAUUUUCAUGGAACUUGAGGCUUUGCAGGUAGAGCAGGUUAUUCCCCUGCCUAGCCAUCAAGAGGUCACCACCUACCAGGCUCUACCAAGCGUCUCUCACCCAUCUGACCACAUAGCUUUAGUCUGUGACCUCAAAUGGAAAUGAGGUUGCAUUACAGUUUUGGCUUUGGUUUUGCUGAUGAAGAUAUCUAGGUCGAGCUUUGAUGUGGAGCUCACAUUUUCAACAGUACCGUAUUCACUUUAGAUGUGAUGAAUGAUGAAGUGGCUGCUUGUAUAUUUGUUAGUUGGGGGUUUUUAUUGAUGACAGAUCAGUAUUUAAUGUUUCAAUACAUCUGCUAAUGCUAGUACUUAAAUUGAAUCAACAUUACUUCAGAUCCUGAAUGCUCUGAAAUCUUGUACUGACAGCAUGCCACCCAUUUAGCAAUGCAUUCACCAAAACUGGCAUAACUUCCUAAAAUAGUAUUUAAACGCUUCAUUUUUGUAUUUCUUGUUUGCACUACGACAGUGGACACCAACUGUGGUCCUGGAGAUCUCCUUUCCUGCAGAGCCUAGCUCCAGCCCCAAUCUGCCACCCCUGCUCCAGCAGAUUAACUUCUUUAAUGACUUCAAUGAUCUUUUAAUGACUGGUUCAGACGCAUUAAUGGUAGGUGGGAUGGUGCAGCGUAUAAGAUACAGGUUGGAACUAAACUCUCCAGGAAAAUACAGCUCCAGGAAGAGGGUUGGUGACCACUGCAUUAAAGCCACUGCUCAUGAAGAACAUUACUUCAGGAUGAGGGACGGUUCUUGUUUGUUUUGAUUAAGGCAAAAAUCAAGUUUCAAUCAUUACUUGUUCAAAGACUUUCCAAAAUAUCAAGAAAAAUGUCACAAUAGCAAAAUUUAUUUCAAUUUUUAUUAGAAAUUGUACAUGGGCUAAUGAAAAGCAAAAGUUCAUAUGUAAGAUUGCAAAUGCCUGCUCAGACUGACCACUUGGGUAUCAAGGUGCUGUUGUCAGCAUCCAAGUUUAAAAAAAAAAAAAAAGGAAUAUUGUGAUAUGUGAUAUUUGGCUGACUUCAAAUAAGGUACAUAUUACUAGGAAUUAAAACCUAACUGA